AUGACCGUUUCAUCAAAUUCUUCAUCGAAACAUGUUAUGCUUUCCUAUCAAUGGAAUGAUCAAAAACUAGUCUCAGAAAUCUAUCAGUAUUUGAAGAAGAAUAAUCUUUCUGUUUGGAUGGAUAUCCAAGGUGGUAUGAAGGCUAAUAUCUAUGAAUGUAUGGCUGAAGGUGUAGAAAAUGCAAGUGUCAUUGUUUGUUUUAUGACUCCAACGUAUCAAGCAUCAGAAAACUGUCAACAGGAACUUCAAUUUGCCAAGACUCAAAGAGUACCCAUCGUUGCCUGUCGUCUUACCCAUAAUUGGAAACCAACCGGUUGGCUUGGAUUAAUUACGGCCGGUCUUCUGAUGGUCGAUCUGAAGGACAUCACUAAUAGCAAUUUCGAGAGAAAGGUCAAUAAAUUACUAGAACAUAUUCAUCUGACGCUUGAUAUGAAAACAAAAUCACAGCUUGUCUCAUCAUCAAGUCAUACAAAUACAGAGUUUGAUCAAGAUCAUUCGACAAGUAAGUAUGUUUCCAAAACCAGUCGAGGUAUAAUUAAAGUCACUCACUCUUAA